AUGCCAUCGCCACCCAAGCCCUGGGAACGUGCCGGAGCAGGCGCAUCCACCACCACCACCACCGCAUCCUCCGCCGACUUUGGCUCCUCGUCCCUCUCGUCUGCCUCGCCGGCCGCAUCGUCGUCGCUGGCAUCUUCUGCAGCCGCACCCGCCCUUCCAGACAGACCCUCGACGCUCUCGUCGACUGCCGCCACCUCGGGCGCACUCGGAAGCACGGGCUACGCCUCAUCCCCCUACCGCUCCACAAUCGGCGGUCUCGGAUCCACCUACGGCGGCAUGGGCUCCACGUACGGCACAUCGUACGGCUCUCCCUACUCCCGCUACGGCGGGAUGGGUGGCAUGGGCGGUAUGGGCUACGGCGGCUACGGGGCCGGUAGCUACGGUGGCUACGGCAGCUACGGCGGCUACGGGGGCUACGGCGGAGGCUACGGCAUGGGCAUGGGGAUGGGCAUGGGCGGCAUGGGCAUGCCCGGCAUGGCCGGCCAGCCUGGCGACCCAUCCCUCACCCAGCGCAUGGAGUCUGGCACCGCCGCCACCUUUGAGCUGAUCAGCAGCAUCGUCGGCGCCUUUGGCGGCUUCGCCCAGAUGCUCGAGAGCACCUUUAUGGCGACGCACAGCAGCUUCUUUGCCAUGGUCGGGGUGGCCGACCAGUUUGCCCACCUGCGCAAUUACCUCGGCCAGGUGCUCAGCAUCUUUGCGCUGGCCCGCUUCGUCAAGAACACGGCGCUGCGGCUGGCGGGCAAGGCGCCGCCCGUCGAGCUCGACCCUCGCGAGUUCCGCGACUUUGCGGCCAACGGGGGCGCUGCCGGCGGCGGUGCCAAGGCGCCGCGGCCCAGCAAGCGCCCGCUCGUCGUCUUUUUCCUCGCCGUCAUCGGGCUGCCGUACCUCAUGGGCAAGCUGGUCCGCUUCAUCACGGCCAAGCAGGAGGCCGAGCGGCAGCGGCUGGAGCAGGCGGGGCAGGCGCCCGGCCAGGCGGGCAUGCUGCCCGGCCAGCACGGCGGCGGCAUGAUUGGGCCCAACGGGCAGACGGCCGAGGGCGACGCCGUGGACCCGAGCAAGCUGACGUUUGUGCGCGCCCUGUACGCGUACCCGGCGGCGGACCCGCUGGAGCUGAGCCUGCAGCCCAACGACAUUGUCGCGGUGCUGAGCAAGCACGACCCGCAGACGGGGGCCGAGAGCCAGUGGUGGCGGGGCCGUACGCGCGACGGACGGAUCGGGUGGUUCCCGUCGACGUACGUCGAGUCGCUCGAGACGGCAAAGGAAAAGGCGGCCAAGGCGGCGGCGGCAGCAGCGGCGGCGGCGGGGCAGAGCGCCAAGGUGAUUGAGCCCGAGGACAAGGCCAAGGCCAAGGCGGCGUCGGCGUCGGCGUCUUCUGCCACUGCCGGUGUCAUCAAGGCGACGUGA